AUGACUGGAACCGCAAAAGCCAAGCCCCGCGUCAGUCUUGGGCUUCUGACAUUCGGCCCUGAAGGCUCAGAAACCCACGGAAGCCGCAUUACCUCCCUCGACACCUUCAAUGAGUGCCUCGACUACCUACAGUCUCGUGGCUACAAUGAAGUCGACACAGCCAGAACCUACGUCGGCGGCCAGCAAGAAGGCUGGACCAAGCGUACCAACUGGCGAGAGCGCAAUCUCACUCUUGCUACAAAGUGGUAUCCUUACAAGCCUGGUGAUCACUCCAAAGCUAUUGUGAAGGAGAAUUUGAACAAGAGUCUUAGUGAGCUUGGCUCCGAUAGCGUCGAUAUCUUUUACCUGCACGCACCAGAUCGUUCUGUUCCGUUCCAGGAGACGCUUGAGAGUUGCAAUGAGCUUUAUCAAGAGGGAAAGUUCAAGAAGCUUGGCCUGAGCAAUUAUGCGGCAUGGGAAGUCGCUGAGCUUUGCACCAUCGCUGACCAGAAAGGAUGGGUCAAACCAAGUGUUUACCAAGCUAUGUACAAUUGCCUGACACGCGCCAUAGAAGAAGAACUCGUUCCGUGCUGUCGAAAGUUUGGGAUGGAUAUUCUCGUCUAUAAUCCCUUGGCUGGUGGUGUACUUUCAGGUCGCUACAAAAGCAAAGAGAUUCCUGCCGACGGUGGUCGGUACUCGACCCAGGACCCGGUGAUUGGAGCGAUGUAUCGCGAUAGAUACUUCAAAGAUGUCAAUUUUGAGGCUUUGAAGGUGAUUCAACCUGUCGCUGAUAAAUUGGGGUUGACGCUCUUGGAGAUCGCGUUCAGAUGGCUUGUUCACCAUAGCAAGCUCAAGGUCAUGGAUGGAAAUGAUGGGUUGGUUAUUGGUAUCAGCUCGCUCGGCCAGCUUGAGAGUAAUCUGGAUAAUGUUGAGAAAGGCCCGUUGCCAGAAGAGGUUUUGGAGAAUGGCUGCUUCGAUGCCAGCUUCCCGGGCGGCUCAUGUACCAAUGAUCCUGCCUGUAUGUGCACCCAGAAGAAGUACCGUGAGGCGUAUUUCUGCUGUAUGGCCAAGAAAUGCGACGCAGAUGUGAUGCCUGAAUCUGUCGAGCGCCAGCAUACAGGAUGUCAGGCUAGGAACCUCGACUUCACCUUUGACGCCGAGAAAGUUUGUGGUAUCAAGUUGGAGGCGACUAGCACCUCUUCCGCGUCUUCAACUACUAGCGCUGCCUUAACUACUUCGCACGUUUCACACGGAUCUUCAGUGACAUCGGCCUCGGCCACUACGACAUCAGAUGCGGAAACCACCAGUAGCACCAAGGGCGCUGAGAGUGCUUCAAGUACUGCUCAGGAAUCAUCUACAGGCGGGGCAGCCCCUGUGACAGACAGUGCACAGCGCUUGGGUACCUCUAUUGGGGUACUGAGUAUGUUAUUCAUGGUCGUUGGGGUAGUUCUCUAG